ACAGUGCAGCUGGAGUGAUCAUUUUUUAAAAGCAAAUGUAAUCAUGUCACUAUUUUGCUUGAUAUAUGCCAAUGGCUGCCCAUUGCUCUUAAGAAGACCAACAUCUUUAGAAGCUUCAUCAGGCCCUGUAAGACCUGGCCCCUGCCUACUACCUACCUCUCCAGCCUCUUUUGAGCAGUUCUUCCCUUUACUCUGAACUGCAGUCAACUCACUUCCUGCAGUUCCCUCAACGGAUCCUGCUCUUUCCUACCUCGGGGUGUUUGUGCAUGUUGUUCCCUCUACCUGGAACACCUUAGUCCCCUAAAAUUUCCUAAAUGUCCAACUUCGGCUGGAAAUUACUUCCUCAGGAAACUUUCUCGGACUGCCCCCUUACUCCUUCCCCCCUUGCAUUAAUUUUCUAGGGCUGCUGUAACAAAGUACAACAAACUGUGGGGCUUAAAACAAUAGAAAUGUAUUAUCUCACAGUCCUGGAUGCAGGAAGUCCAGGAUCAAAGUGUUUGCAGGGUUGGUUCCUUCUGAGAGCUGAGCAGAAGGAUCUGUUCCACGUCUCUCUCUUAACUUCCAGUGGUUUCAUGGCAAUCUUUGUCACUCCUUGGCUUGUAGAAGCAUCACCCUGAUCUCUGCCUUCAUCUUCACAUGGUGUUGUCCCUGUGUGCAUACAAAUUUCCCUUUUUUAAUGAGGACACCAGACAUACUGGAUUAAGAGUCACCCGGCGCCAGUAUGACCUCAUCUUUAACUAAUUACAUCUGCAAGGACCCUAUUUCCAAAUAAGAUCACAUUCUGAGAUUAUGAUUAUGGGGGUUAAGACCUCAACAUAUGAAUUGGGGUGGGGGGCACAAUUCAAUUCAUAACACCCUCCAUUCCCAAGGUGGAGUUCUCUGGUUAUAUACUGUCAUCGCCCUGCCCUGUAGACUUUUUCUUCAAAGCACUGAUCACAGUUGGUAAUUAUUAAUGAAUAAUCAUACAAGAAAAAUGUAUUUGUUCCCCCACCAAUUAUAAGCUCCAUAGGGACCAUGUUUGUUGACCACUGCACUCUCAUGCCUGGCACGCACUAGUUGUCCAGUAUGUACUCACUGAGUGAACAGAUAAAUUCUACAGCCCUCCAAGGUCCCUGCCCACACAUCAGUGUGGAGAGACCCACGUUUGUCUCCCAGGCCUGCUCAACCACUUCCAGAGCAUUAAGUCAUCCGAGGCAAGUAGGGUUAAAGGCAGAUCCACUGGUUCAUCAUUGGCUUCCUAGUCUUAAUGACCCUUUGAAACUCUAACAUGAUCUCCCCCAUAAAGACAAGCCCCUGCUAGAAAAAAAAAAAAAAAGGCAAACAAAACAAAACAAAAAAACCACAUCUAAGAUUUGUAAGCCCAUUGCACUUUCAUUUUAAAUGCUCCGCCUGGGUGCCAGUGAUUAUUAUGGAGGAGACUGAGGGAGCUUCUCUGGAGAGCUUAAUACAGGUCACUUCCCUAAGGACUGGAAGAGUCCACUGGAUGGUUAAGGAAUGAAUAAAACAAAUUCCUGGUGCCUCUUUCAUCUCGAAUACUCUAAGCCCCUUGUUGUCUGAUAACUUUGGACUUGGUCCGUCGAUGCAGACAGAAAAGGAUUCUUAGUGUUUUGACUCUCUGACCAAUAUUUAGAUCAAUAAGUCCCUGGCAGCAGUGCAAUAGAACAAUAAAGAACCCAGAUGAGUUGAAAAGUCUUUUGCACAGAUACGACCGCAGUCCUGUUGAAAUCGCCUUCCCUAUGCGCUCUCAGGAAUAAGUGCUGCUUUUGCAAAGUAUUAAGAUAGUUUAAUGUCUGGCUUUUAUGUUUCAUCAUCUCAUGGCAUGAGGAAUGCUGAAUGCUCUAAAUAUUGGACUUCUAGAAGCUUGAACCCAUUGACCUGCCACAAGUAAUUACUUCUGAAACGCUCCUGAGCCAGCAAGAAGCCAGAACGACUCACAAAGCAAAGCUGGAACUUGAAAAGAAGAUGCAAACUUCAGGGUAUACUCCCGGGAAAAGACAAUAUUUACAUAAGAUGCGAAUGCUGGAAAUGAACCGUAACAGACAAGAGAAGAAAAGUCUUCACAGGGAGGCAAGAAUUAAUAAGCAAAAACCGAGGGACCAUAAAGCCAAGAAAAUCCUUCAAAGCAUCCCAAGACAUGACAGGGAUCUUCCAACCUUGUUGCCGGAUGAAAACUUGAACAGAAGAAGUCCAGGAAAUUCACAGAAUGAAGAUUUAGGGGAACAUCAAGCAAGGAAUGACUGUUGUCCCCGGAAAAUUGGCAAAAUGGAAACGUGGCUCCGUGAACAAGAGGCCCAGGGUCAGCUUCUCUGGGACAGUUCUAGCUCUGACUCAGAGGAGUUGAGAAAAAGCGAGAAGAAACCACAGGCACUGGUGAGGACCAGGACAGAGAGAAUCCCACUUUUUGAUGAGUUUUUUGAUCGAGAAUAAAA